AUGAUGCGAGACGUGAGUGCACGCUUUAAAUACAGUGAGCGAGAGUUUCAGGCACAACACAAGAGAAAUGCAAGUCUCAACAGCAGCAACAGCAGCCACAACAGCCAUCAUAACAGCAGCAGCAAUCAUAAUUUAGAGAAUAAGCCACCACCACUUAUUACUACUAAUACUUCAUCGACUGCACAAGAUGUUGUACCAACGCAAUUAUCCGAUGCGUGUCCAUCACGAGAACUGAUUCACAGCCAUAUUCGUCGAUAUUAUCGAAACGUCAAUGCUGCUACAACUACUACUACUGCUGCUACUGAGAUUACAACCGACUGGGAAGCUGCAAGUACACGUAUUCGAAGAGAUCUAGCUCCUUAUAGUAUACUUAAACUUGGUGGCUUUUCACUCGGUGAUGCCUGUACGAGACUAUUGGGAGACGUACUGGCACAUGGUGCUUCAAGGCUGCGUACACUGGAUCUUGGUUUUAAUCGAUUGACAGAUAAGGGUGCAGCACAAUUGGCAAAAGCAUUGGAGACGAACACAUCGCUUGAGAGUUUAUACCUAUCAGGAAAUGACAUUGGACCCGCUGGUGCUUGUGCACUUUCACAGGCAUUGACCAAGAAUACUCAUUUGCGUAGUUUACAUCUCAGUGGCAACAAUAUUGGCGAAGAAGGUGCUCGACUUUUAGCAGAUGGAAUUACAGGCAAUACAGCACUGAGAGCGCUGUAUUUGGGUACAAAUGGAAUUGGUGCUGCAGGAAUGCAGAGUUUAGCAACUGCAUUAACAAAAAAUAAGUCGCUCGAGGAGCUGACACUGGGACAGAAUAAAGUGGGAAGUGCAGGUGUGCGUCAUCUGGCUUCAGCUUUUGCUACAGGUCAUGUCGCGCUGUCGACUUUAGAAUUAGGAAAAAAUGGCGUGGAUCAGGAAGGUGCCAUUGCAUUAGCUCGUUCUUUAUGCGGUACAAAUCGACUGCAGAACUUGUACAUGGAUCACAAUCCGCUGGGAGACGUGGGUGCCAGUGCCUUUGGAGCACUGCUAGCCCAGAAUACCGAGCUGCGGGUUCUAGACUUGAGCUACACCCACAUGUCCCUCUUGGGGCUGCGCGAGCUCAGUGUUGUGGGAUUGGCGCGCAGCCGCGCACUACUGUGUCUGCUUGUGGAUGGCCACGAUUGGGCGAGCACUCAAUACAUGAAAAAGAACCAGCAUCUGAAUUUAAAUGGUGCGUCAUUAGCGACAAAGGGUGCCAACAAUUAUGCCGCGUCAUGCAUUGUUGGUGCUAUUAACGUUAACGUGCAAUCGGUGCUAUUCAAGCUCACCGGUGUGGAUCUAAGUCUUGUAGUCGCCCUUCCUACACCCUCCGGUGAUAGUAAAAGGGAAUCCGAUGCACUCAUUCGCAACGAAUUGGUACUGAAGAGUCUUCAUGAGGGUCGUGUCACAGCACAAGCCGCAGUUGCUGCGUCGGGGAUUCCACCCAGUCACAAGCGAAAACCCACACAGGAUGCAGGUGACGCCGUGGUAGAUAGAACAGCAACAGGGGAAGCGGACUUGUGUGCAGACAGCGAUACUGGUGAGAGCUCACCUUCGAUGGUACAACACCCUAAGUUUCAGCGACUAGAGGGCAACGUUAAGGCAGGUUCGUCGUCAGGUAGUAUUAGCAGUGUUAACGGAGGUGGAAGUGGCAGCGGUUCGCGUUCAGGAAGUGCCAAUGCGCUACUUGGCCUGCUGCCCCCUCCUCACAACGGACCCGGCAACGGUACGUCCGGCUUAGCAGGUGGCACUGGGUGCACCUCUCCAUCCAAGACGAGUACCAACCAACUGCCGCGUGUAAUUCGGAUCCCAUCGCGUGGAUCUAUGGGUCGUUUCCCGCGAUCGGGUGGAUCUUGUGAAAAGCGCUUGUCGCUUAAGAGUCCACGUUACGAGAGUACAAUGGAAGCGAACGUCCGCAAGGUUGUUACCGACAUCUCGAAGCUGCCGUUUAACGCUGAUGAGUACAAUACGCUACAAGCGUACUAUUUGGGAGGUCGGUGCUCUCCCGGGCGGAAUGGAUGCACCGAUCAAAGUGUUGACGAUAUAACGGGUGAGCAGAUACCCUGUUCCGCCUGCAGGUCCAGUCGUUUGGCAAGGUAUCGGCGCACAAUGGCACUUAAAACACGACUCGAAGCCGCGCAAGCGACAGACGCCGUAUUGUUAGUACUGCUACGGCAGUUGCACUACCUCGUUGGUGCUUUUCAGAACGUUGAAAAUGCCGUUCAAACCAUCGACGAUAUCCUCGUGUCGGCACAUGAGGAGGUAGAUGACGAUCCACCCCAGUUUUCCAGUCUGCCGCUGUCCGUGCAAAAGGCAUCAUCCAGUCAGGACACUCAGUAA